AGAUAUUGGCGGCCUGAGAUAUAAAGAUUUAUAGCAAAACCAGCACUCUGAAUUGGGCUUGGAAGCAGUGCAGGUUUUUUUCAAGGGGGUACUCAAGGUACCGGCACCUCUUUUGCUGUUGUUAAAAAGUGUGGCACUUACCGUAACAACUUCAUGGUUUUGAACCUAUUUUUCUAAAACAAAAUAAAAAAAUAAAAGUGUACAGACAGCCAAUGUAGGUGUAACAGAUUUGGUAUUACAUGAUGUGUCCGUCUCAAACCUGUCAACAGUUAAUCAACUGCUCUAAUUGAAGCUUCCAAACUAUUUUCAAAGGCCAGUCUCAUGUACAGUACAGAGAGAAUAUAUUGUCCAAAGAGAGAGAUGUGCAAAGCACUGGGAUUCUGGCAGAUGGCCCAGGUACCUUUUUCUCUGUGACAGUGCAGCAGUUAUCAGGCAGAGGAGCUAUUGGUCUGAUCUUUGUUGUUUUCUUGCCUGCCUUAUACUGUCUUCCUCUGACCACCUGGACUGUUAUUUCUGGAAACUGAUUCGUACUCAUUCCGGAUUGCAGCAUUCACCUCUGAUACUCACCAUGGACUGUUUUCGGGUUUGGUUCUGUGUUCCCCAGCAGGCUGUUUGACCUGAUCAAGUAGUCCACAGCAAAAGUUUAGCAAGCGUAAAACUAAAGAAAUACCACUGGCUUUCUAAUUUAUGCGGUUUGGCAGUAAUCAACAAAAGUAUCAGUAUCAUUUUAUUUAUUAGUCACAUUACUCAUAAAAUGACUCAAAGUAACUUAUAAACACAAUAGAAAUACUGAAACCAAUUACAAUAAACACAGCCAAUAAAAUCCUAAAAGAACAAAUACAUCUAUAAAAAUAUAAGAUAGGUCUAGUACUGUAGAUCCUGCUCCACCAGAAGAUGCCACAAAGAUUUAAAAACCUUCCAUACUAAGGACCAAAGCCUUGGGUGAAAAUGAAAGUUUUUGCUUGGGCCUCAGAAUAACAAUUUCAGGGUCUGAAAUUGGCUCAUAUUCUGAGAGGUGGUCCUUGAGGACCUAUAAGGCUUCAUAGGUCAAAACAAUCACUUUGAAUUGAGCUGGAAACAAAUUAUUAGCCAGUGUAGUCAGGCUAGGGGUGGUUUUAUGUGCUCAGACUGUCUUGCCCCAGUGAGCACCCUGGCUGUUGACUUCUGUACCUUCUACAGCUUCUGACCAGUAAUCUACCCUAGAGGUUACCAGAGGAUAGGCAACAAAAGUUGGGUCAUCCUUGUCCAAAUAGCAUAGCUGGGCCACCAGUCAAGCAGAUAUCUUCCAAACCUGUUUGCAGUUAUUGGGCUUUUCUUCUAGGAACCCUUAAUAAAUUACCAGUGAACCUCAGGAGUGGUUAAGAUUUAGGUUCAAUUGGAGAUGAGAUAAGUUACUAUUGAAGUUCAACCAUGUCAUAACACAUAUGUUUUGUUUUGAGGUGGACUUCAGAAUGCACACCACUCAACAUCAGAAUUCAUUUGUGUUGCAUCCCUGGUACGCCAGGCUCUGCAACUUGCCUUAUUGUCCUAAAGAUCGCCAGUGUUCAUUGGCCACCCUUCUUCACUGGAAGUUUCAACAAUCACACAAGCUCAUCUAUUUUAUUGACUGGGGGAGAGGAAGUGGUUAAACAUAAUGACUGCUAUAUGACAAAACCAAACAAGAAACAUAUUUUAACAUGAUAGAGUGCCGUGCAGAGUCAUCACAGCCAUGGUGCAUAGCUCAAAGCUGGAAAGCAAACAGCUGCUGUAGCCUGAUUUGAGUUAAAAUAGUGUCAGUGUUUAGUCUGGCGCACUGCUUCAGGAGAGAUUGGCAGCUGGGUCAAACAAAGUCAUUCCAUUGGCUCCCUUCCCAGUAAGCUUCUGCUAGCAUUUAGGUGCCUGUGCAGCAGCCUAGGCCCUUUUCUCAGGGAUAGCCUAACAUCUAACCGCACCCUCUUUACUCUUUUUGUUUCUGGUGCUUUUUUUUUUUUAAAGGACUUUCCCUCUUUAAGAUAAAUCCAGCAUUAUGCAAUCUGCCAACAUUUGUGUAUUAAGAAUGUGUUCUGUCUUGAAAGCUGAUGCAUCCUGCUCUCAACGUGUGGUGCAGAAAGAAGUUUGUUACCGUGCUGGAUUAAUAAAAGGGGCCUUCAUGGGUUGUGAAAGAAUAUCUGUGUGCUUAGGCAGGAAACUUUUUGAUCCACAGAAAAGCCAGACGACAUCUAGUGCUGUGAAAAAUUAAAAUGGAAAAGAAAACCGAAGAACUGGAUCAUGUAAGAACUGAAUGAAGGUAAUACAAUGUUAAACACAUAUGUGAAUAUUUUCAUAUUUGAAUCAUGUUCUUAAAGCAUUUUUAACAAUUAGCAUUUAAUUUUAAUUGAAUAAUACCUCUUAAAAUAUUGAUAUGAUUACUGAAAAAAGUGCAGUUAAACUGGCUUUACUGUUCCUUGACAUUUUCCUUUCAAAUAUCUUGGUUUCAUUUACCACAGAGAGAGUAUUAUCAAUGAAGGGAAACAAGUUAGAAUUACCUAAUUAAUGUAACUAAACUAACAACAGGUGUGCUAUAGAAUGGACUUUGGGGGGAUCCAGCAUAUAUUUCACACUCAUCUGUAUGGUAUGGUAAAUGUCUGGUCAAACUUUUCCAUGGCACUCCCCUAAAAUAAAUGUAUAACUGCAAAGCUGACCUCCAUAUUCAUAAUUAUGCUGUUUAAAAUACGAUUUUAAGAAUUUAAGGAUAAACAUUUCUGGGAAGAUUAAUUAUUUGGAUUAAGUUACAAAUAUUUUUAAAGCAGCAUUGUUGCUAGAUGCUCAUUUCUGAAGUGGGAAAUACAAAUAGAAUUUCUUUUGAGUAAUGACUAAAAUGCCAAAUAACUUCAGUUACUGGCCUGCAAUUUCUGAAACUUAGAUGCAAGUUACUUGCCCCCAAACGACAAUAUAUCCAACCACUGACAUUUGGGUCAUUCUAAACAUUUAGUGCUAGAACACUUUUCAUAUUAAAUUACCAAUGAAUAAAAACAUUUUGAGCCUGGUUCGUAAGCUUUAAUGCUAAAGAGAACAACAUUUUGAUUGAUUAAUACCAAUACAGCUACUUUUUGGAUUAAUCAACGGAAGACAUUGACUUAAAGCUAUAGUGUAGAUGGUGUUUAUUUAUUUUUAUUUUUAUUUUUAAAAAAGGAUAGAGCACCUCUGUCCUAAAAAAUAUCUAUGCUAUGUAGGUUUUUUAGUUAAAAUAAUGGUAAUUACGUUUAUGCAAGACGCGUAGAGGAUAAUUCCUUCAGGAUGCAAUCUUUACCGAAGAUUGAAUCCCAUUAAUUCAGGGGAACUUACUUCAAAGUAGACAUGGAUAGGAUAGGAUUGUCAGAUAACCUGUUGAUACUUCAGAAAGGCUGCUUCCAGAUGUUGCAGAAGGCCUCAUAACUUGAUUAAAUAAAAACUAGGAUAAUCUAUUAAUAGCCACAAGAGGAGAAUUUUUUUACAUUUGUCAUUGUUGUUCGGGUAAACAUUUAUGAAAUUUUGAGUAAAUAUACUCUACCGAAACACAAACAAUACAAAGUUUGCAGUAUGCUGGUACUUUUACUUGGAGCAGAUGUGUUUUGAUUCUUGGACAUAAUGUCUUUUCAGAUUCAGUGGCUGGAUUUUCAUUGUUUGUAACAUAUCGUUCAUUCAUUAGGAAUCAUAUUAAAUCUGCAUAGUUUCCCUCCCUCCUCCUAUUUGGUUUACGAAAUUUGAGAUGCUAUUAUUUUGAUAGCUCAAAACCCACUUGAAUUUGCUCCCAUAUAACUGUGUAUCUGUUAAGUGUAGUUUUUGAACAUUCAAACUGUUUCUUAUCUUUCCCUUAAUGUGCAUUUGGAAGUUGUUUGUCAACAUAAAUGCUUAGCAAUGAUUUGUUCUAACUUGCUCCCACACUGCUUAAUCUGAAAGAUGAUGCCAGUUGGCAUAAACCCGUAGAUCCGAUCUUGUGGUGAAGUGUACUGCACAAGCUCGCUUCUAUGGGUCUGUGUCAGUCUGGUGAUCUGACCCAAAUAUAUAUAUAGUCACAACUUGGGGUAACAAAAGACUGAUUUUUGAGCAACUAUUGUCAAACAGAAUGGAUGUUCUUUAUUCAAAUUUAUAUUUUGGUUUUAGCAUUGUCAUCAUUGAACAUAUGAAGGAGAAAUUUUCUAUCUUACUAUUUUUCUGUUUUGUGUUUUUAGCACUUCAAAGCAGAAUACAUUUAAAUUCACAAUACAUUUCCAGAAAAGAGUAUGGAAAAUGGGCAACGAUUAAGAGCAGUGGCUGUGAUCAAGGGAGAAGUCAAAAGACCAUUUGGCUUCCUGAUUGUCACCUAUGGAAGUUGAAGUUGCCCAGGAAUAUUGGAUUGACUAUUCCAUAGCUCAGGCAUGUCGAAAGUCCAUUUAAUCCAGUCCCCAUAGCAGUAUAUGUCCUGGGGUAAAAUCCUAAAAAGAGCUCAACAACUUUGGGGUAAAAUUGUAAAAAGGCUCAACAACUUUGGUCAGCCCUCACACAUGUUCACUUCAUCAAAUCUGGCCCUCUUUGAAAAAAGUUUGGGCACCCCUGCCAUAGCUAGUAACAAGAAACCAUGUGUGUACAUGGUUGUGGCAGUUGGGCUCAAUCCUGCAAAUACUUCCAAGCAUACCUGCCAAGUUGCUGUCAGAGAAAUAAGGGACCGGGCCGGAAAUAGCAGACCGGAAGUAGCGCUGCCGCCAUUUUGGAACUGGGCGGAGCAUGCACAGAAGUGACUUUUGAUGCUGCUUUUCCCAGUUCCAAAAUGGCCGCUGCGGCAGAAGUCGCACUGCAGCCAUUUUGGAACUGGGCAGAGCAACAUCAAAAGUCGCUUCUGAGCAUGCUCCGCCCAGUUCCAAAAUGGCCGCCGCGCCAGAAUAAACCAGAGGAAAACAAAAAAAUCCGUUUUUUCAGCUAGGAACAGCUGGAAAAACGGGGAUUUCCCGGGGGAAACGGGAAACUUGGCAGCUAUGCUUCCAAGUGAUUAAAUCCCAGGAGGAUUUAUAAACUCAGAAAAUAAGGGUUGUUUGCACAAUAUAGAAAAACAUCUCUGUGUGUGUUUCCAGUAAAGUGUGAAAACCAUAAAGUUUGAAUUGUUUGCUCACAUGUAAACAAAUACUGAGGGAAGUAAUUGGCUAAUAGAUAUGCUACUUAUUCCUUUAAAAAGAAGCACAAGGAAAUACCAGGAAUAGCAUCUGGAAUCUUCUGCAUGCCAAACAUGUGCUCUAGCGGUGUGGUAUGGUUUAGCUAUUACCCUCAUUAUAAUGGUGUUCACCAUGGGAUACUUGUGGCAAGCACCACUUUUCUCUGUAACAUGAAUGGCCUCAAAAACAUUACUUACAGGGUGAAACAAUUUAAGUGCAUUUGCUUGAUAUGUGUGUACUAGGGGAAACUCACAUGGAUGUUCAGUAUGCCCUCAUGGUUUGAAAGAGGGUUGCUUAUUCUGUGGAAACACACACAAUAUCAACAGGACAGAAGCAAACUCCUCAGUGAUCCUUCCAUGUUCAUAUUAAACAGGAUGGAAACUGAUUAACGGUAAGUGUCUGCCAUAUUUGAAAGAGAUGCAGAAGAUCAGAAGAAGACAUUGGAAGCUGUGUGCAUCCGGGUUGAGGUAGUAGGUUGUAUGGUUUAGAGUUACACCCUGGGAGUUAACUGUACAACCUUCUAGCUUUCCUUGGAGCACACUUGAACCAUCGAGGAAUUCGUCAUCUUUUAAAUCUAAUAAAGUGAACUCUGUGUAGUAAAUGUAUAUGGGGUAAUCACUCUGAAGCUUUAUUGAUGCUCACGUACUCCUUAUUACAUGGUUAUUUCAUUUACAGUGUAUUAGGAACUAUGCUAACAUGUUCUCCUAAUGGACUGUGACUGCACAUCACAGAUAUUUGAGAAAGAAUGAUGGCUACUUUAAUUAUAUCCACAGCAAAGCUGGAAAAGCUGACUUAAUCGCUACAUACAGAAACUGACAAAUAUUCAUCUCUGCCAGUUUUCCUCUUAAGACUUAUCUGAAAUAGUUUACAUUUGAUGUAACUAACUCUAGAGCAAUACUUAACAAAAAAUAAUGAUUUAAUAUGAGACCAGAUCAUGUGUAUGUCUGCUUACACAAGUAUCAGCUUCUCUGAUGAAUUAGUGUGACAGGUGCCCUUUAGAUAUUCUCACAGAUGUGUCGGAACCAUUUUUCCACAUGGAUGGGAGUACGAAUGGAUGGAUCAGCCAUUGCUGGUCCACAUAGUUUGUAUAUGUUUAUUUAUAUUAAUCUGGGGCGGGGGUGUUAAAAAAAGAAACAGUGCAAGAAAAGUAAUUAAAUGUGUGUUUUAUCUCAAAAUAUGUAUUUAGAUAUGCAGUUUAUCUCAGUGUAUGCAUUUCCAAACACAUCUUUUCAUACAUAUUGAUACAAUUUUAAAAGUCAAGAACUGUGGCAGAAAAUUCUGAGAAGCGUGAAAUCUAAGGGAUAAUUAAGUUCCAAUCCAUGUAUUCACCCUGAAAUUGCAAACUAGGUCAGUUCGCUGGAAAAUGUGGACCAAAUGAAACAAUUUUCCACCCCUAACUGGGAGAUUAUUUAAAUUACUCAACUAGGUGAUCUGUGGUAACAGUCACAUGGGUUCCCCAAUGCCAGUUCUGUGGCACAUGGGCUGGAGUGAUUAUUCUUCGUCUUUCCUACAAAAUUGGCAUUGAGGAAACCAUGUGAUCCCAACACCUCAGCCCACAUAGUUGCAUAAUUUAAAUUGUCUUUGAAUCACAUGGGUAUUGCUCAAGGGGAUCCCACAUGGCUGGAAAAAUAUCUGAACAUUGCAAAUUAUUCUUUAGCUAGUCAACAGUCUUGGAGCCAAGCUAAGAUCACCCACAUGCUGUAUCUGUUGUUAGAUUGUACCACUUCCAACUGCAGUUUAAAUCCUUUCUCCUUCUGUAGGGAGGCAUGGCUAAAACGUUAGUUUUUAGUUUAGAAUUUGCAAGACACUGCAGGUUUUCUUGAGGGAACCUGAAGUAUUCAGUCCCUCACCUGGAGUCUCAGCUGGCACAGACCAGCUAUGGAUGACAUCAUAUGAGACUUCUUUUUGUGGAAGAAGCUGCUAGGGACUUGGAGGACAGAAUAACUGAGUGAAUGGGGAUCUGAGUGCUGAAUGUUGUAAUCCUUUGUCCUCACUGGUUUAAGUGAUCAUGUAUUACCUGAUUUUCAAAAAUAUUUUCAGAUUGCUGAUUUUCCUGCUGGUCCCUGUUUGGGCUAAAUAUAAAAAGAUAUUGCACAAAUAUAAAAGAUACAAAAAUAUAAAAGGUGACAUCUUGGACUUAAUUUGACCUCUGUUCUUGCUGACUUUUGGCAAAAUUAAACAGAAGAUGGCUCACUGGCCAUUCUUAUUUCCUGCACCAAACCAUCAUGUGGUUAAGGGCCUGUCUGCAAAGGGGCCUAAGCAUGUACACAGUACAUACAUGAGCUCCAAGUGCAGGAUCUACACCCUGGGCAUGGACCACAUGUUUGAGUGUGCACACAUAUGUCAGGCAGGGAAUCAACAUGGAUGUAGGGCAUGUAUCUCCUGCUGGCUGUGCCAAUGGGCACAAUCCUGACCUACCUACACACCUAGAAUGUCUGCACAGGGCUCUGUUGUCUUCUAAACAAAAGUUCCCUUGUCGAUUACUUGGCUGUCAUUUAAAAGGUAGGGGAAGCUCCUCUUUCUCAGACACUUUGCUAAUCGUUUCCCUGCUCAGUUUUUCACUACUUUUUACAACAUUGCCUGGCAUACAGCUGAGAGGAUGCAGAGUCUGUGUUCAAUUUAACCACCAACCCAAUACGUUCUCAUCCUCUUCUCAUUUUUCCUCACACUCUUCCUAAGAUCCAUUUCAAAUAUAUAGAGAAUUAUAUGGUGAGAGUUUCCCCAUGAAUGUGUGUGGGGGGGGGGCGGCGUUGAUACUUGAAUGUUUCUGUUCCUCGAAACUUCCCUGCAUAUGGAAAACUAGCACAUGAGGGAGAAAAGUGGUCAACAAUUUUUGUUCCUGACAUGCCUGCUUUUCACAUGCAUGGGUUUUGAGUUGUUUUCACAACUGAGGAGUGUGCUUCCACAGUGGCAUUUCUUGUGAAACUGCCACUUUUCAUUUGCUCGCAUCUACAUGACAACAUGAGCAAAAGGUCUUUCUCCCAUAUUUUCCCCCUUUCCUUUCCUUUCUUUUUUAGAGUUUAAAGAGCCACCUUAAAACAAAAACAAACCAUGGAACAACUACACAGAUGAAGAUACUACUUACAGUAUGCUACAGCUUAGCUGCCCCAUAGCUUUUUGUGCGGAGGAUGUGCUGAAUAGCAUUAGCUGUAUGGCUUAUGUAUGAUAUUCUAGCCAUUUUCAGACACUAUUGUACUCUUUCUCUUUUCUAGGAAUUGAUUCCAUUUCUUAAACUGUUCCCAUUUGAGUAUGAUUGUCUUUCUUUACAUCUUUUUAAGACGGUCAUGGGGGAGGGGUGGUCAGGAUUUGAUCUACCAGAUUGUCCUGAUUAAAAAUCACCCCACUUUCAUGGCUGGGAAAACAGGUCUGACAAUUCAGCUAUAGGUGUGGAAGCAGCUUGAAGCAGAAAAGCAAUGAUUAAAUGGCACUGAACCACUCAAGUCUGGAAGCACCUAACUGUGGCUUCUUCUAAAUUGCCCUAUAAUAUGUAUGAGUGCCUAGAGUGUGCAUUCUCUUCCACAUUAGCAACAAUCACACAUGCCACAAAAGUCUAUAAGCAGGUCAGAGAUUAUUUUUUAAUAUACAUAUUGUGUGCCCAAGCUCCAUGAGCCUGCCAUGUGAAUCAACAACCACUCAUGACCAAAAAAAAUCUUAUUUAAAUUCAAAAGUUUCCAGCCACCAGGAAAGGCUGCUGUAUCUCCCGCUGGCUGGCAAACCCAGCUGUAGCAACAGCUGGGAAAGCAGGGGGCCACCAUGCCUUGCUACCAUGGAAGGUAAGUGGAAUGGUCAGAAAAUUUUAUUAGACAUGAGAUCCCCUGCCUACAUCCCUUAAUCAUACGUUCCUAGGAAGACUCUAUUGCAGGCUUCCUCAACCUUGACCUUCCAGAUGUUUUUGGCCUACAACUCCAAUGAUCCCUAGCUAGCAGGUCAGGGGUGAUGGGAACUGUAGUCUCAAAAUGUCUGGAAUGGUCGAGGUUGAGGAAGCCUGCUCUAUUGUGUUUUCUUGAAAGUUUGAAGUUGUUCUUUGUGUUGUCUGGAUUGCUGUAAACUUGAUACUCUCAAUAUUGUCUGUAUUGUGCAUGCUCAAACAUGUUUGCUAGUGAACAGUGAUAGCACUAAGCAAUGUGAAUUUAUACACAUCAGCAUUCACUUAUCCAUAGGCUAAUCUAGAAUCCAAUGUUCUCAUUUGAAACAGGCUUCAGCCAAGCUGUUUACAAGCCCCCAUGAUAUUCUUCUUGCCAAGCUGCAAAAUGUAGGCUAGGCAAUGCUACUGUUAGGUGGGUUAUAGCUACCUGAUAGACGGUACACAAAAUGCUCAUCGAUAGCCUGGUGAAAAGUGACAAGUAGAGUGCUGCAGGGUUCUGCCCUUGGCUUGGGAUUGUUCAACAUCUGUACAAAGGAGUUAGAUGAAAGGGUAGAGUGGGUGUUCCUAAAAUUUGAAGAUGACAGCAAAUAACGUGGGCUAGCUAAUACCUUAGAAGACAGAAACAGGAUUCAGCAUGAACUUGAUAGGAUGGGGAAUUGGACCAAAACUAACAAAAUGAAUUUCAACAGAGAUAAAAGUGAGGUUCUGCAUUUAGGUAGGAAGAAUCAGUUGCACAAAUACAAGGCAGGUGACGCCUGUGCAUACGAAAAGGAUUCAGGGGUUUUAGUACAGCAGAAGCUAAACAAGAGUCAAGAAUGUGAUGCAACAGUUAAUAAGACUUGCAAUUGUAGAUUGCAUACUGCAUCAACAUGCUACACUUUUCUGCUUUAGUCAUUUAAGUACCAUGUUCUGGCCAAUGCAGUUUAAGAAGGAUACUGAUAAAUUGAAAUGUCUCCAGAAGAGGGCAACAAAUAUCAUGAACAGCUGGGAAACAAAGGCCACUGAGGAAAAACUGAAGACGUUGGCACAUGUUUAGCCUGGAGAAAUGUUGGUUAAGCGGCAAUAUGGUAUUUCUCUUUAGAUAUUUUAGAAGUUUGAAGAAAUCUGUUUUCUGUUGUUCUAACAUUAGAAAGAAUUUCCUGGUGGCAUAAGCUGCUUAACUGUGGAACAGACUACUCAGAAUGUGUGGGGUUCCCAUUCAUUAGAUAGGUCCUUGGAUGGUCGCAUAUCAGGGUUGCUAUAGUAGUGUGUUUUGGCAUCAGCAAGAGAUUGAAGUAGAUGACAUUUCAGGUAUCUCCCAAUUCUGAUAUUCUAAUCUUAUGUUGGAAGCUCAGUUACAAAUGCAUUUGAAUAAGAAGCCCAAAAUGCAUUUCUAAAAGUAUUCAGGAGCAUAGAAUGAAGUGAUCCAUCUACUUCACCAGUUCAAACUUCACUUCUUUCAGUAUAGCUGCAGUCCUGUGAACUGAGUUAUUUGAUCAAGAGUUAGUUCCCAUUAAAACUCAAGUCUAUGCGGGUUGCUUUGAAUUCCCCUCUCUCCUUGCAUUCAUAAAUGCUGCUAUUUGGUUAAAAAUAUUGGGUCAAUUUUGCUAGUGUGGCUUAGUAACCAUUAGUUGCUUGCUCUAGUGACACAGAUCAGUCAUAAACACUUUUAGAGUAGCUACAUAAAUAGUUUUAUAGAUAAUUUGAAUCACUGGAACAGUGCAAAGCAGCUGGGGCACACUAUUGAGCAUGGUUCUCUGUUGUUUCAGAGUGAGCCCCUUUUGUUAUAAAAAUAGAAUGAUGUAUCAUCUUUAAAGGAGUGCAGUCCAGUUUAGCACAUAUCCACAAUUUACCCUCUUUAAAAGCUAGUGGAUAUAUUGUCUGUUUCAGUUUUAUGUUUAAGGCAGGGCAGGCAUAAGGAAUCUGUGGCCCUCCAGAUGUUGUUGGACUACAACUCCCAUCAUUCAUUACUCUUAAUCAUGCAGGUUGGGGCUGAUGAGAGUUGAAAUCCAAUAACACCCAGGGGGCCAUAGAUUCCCCACCUCUGGUUUAAUGUAUUUUCAAGGGCAGGUUAUCUGAUGAUACUUUUAUCUGUGGCCAAACAAUCCCAGGAUUGCCUGAAUCUAUGGAACAGCUCUAACUGCUUCAGUAUAAGGCAAGGCAAGACUUGUUUUAUGACACCAAAGAACAUUCUGCAGAAGGAAAGGUAAGUGGAAUAGAGGUAUCAGGGGUGUCAGGAUGCUGAAACAAUAGAGUGGGCUAUACCAGUAUUAACCACCAGCGAUGGGAUGCCAUUUUUCAAUUUUCCUUUAUGUGAUAAAGUCCCUGCAGUUGAAAACAAGCAGAAUAGGCUAAGUCAGUCUUUCUCUCUAACAUACUCACAUUAUCCCCACUCUUCUGUUUUCAGGGAGUUUUGGAUGUGUGGGAAUAUUCAAAGCGGUAUCCAUAUUUUUUCACCUCAUUCUGCUUCAGAAUUGUAAUGCCAGGUGGAUGCCAAUAUUUAUUUUAUAUAGUUUGACAGGAAAUAUAUCUGAACAGUGAAUGUGUUUAAUUAUAAGCUGCUUUGGCUUUUUUUUAAGAGCACAAAACUUCAUGUAAAAAUAAAGUUCAGUCAACAGGUGUCAUGUUAUGGCUAAGUGACAACUGUAGUAAGUUCCACAUAGUUCACUGUAUUUUAAAGAAAUGCAUAUUUUAUCACAGUAUACAUACCUUAAUGGCAUGUUAUUUCUAAACGUAAUUGAUCCUAAAAUAUGAAUUCUUAAAUGUUGACCUGAAAACUGCAUUGUAAAAUAGUGUCAAAUCUGACAAAUAAUUAUGUUUGGAUCCAAGCAUUAGUCCAGAAGAUGCAGUUCAAGUCAGCAUCCCCACUCAACAGAGCACAGUAUCCCCUUCCUUACCCAGCGCUAGGAAUGGGCAAUGAUGGGAGCGGGAGGUUUGUGUAUGCUUCCCAUAUGUCUGCCCAGCCCACCCUCCCUCUCUGUGCAAUGGAAGCUACUCAUGCUUGCACCAAACAGAAGAUCUGGGUUGGGAUUUGGGAGGGCCACACAAACCUCCCAUUAUCCAUCAUGGCCUGUUAUAUUGCCUGCAUGUGCACCUGGGGGCAGAGGCACAGGCACUAACCCCACACCUUUAUACCUUAUUGGGACUUGGACCAAAGCAUUGAUGAAACAGGCCAUCAAUGUAACAUAGUGGUCAUUUUAUUGUCAAAUUUGAGCCAUUCAUCGUGGCAGAGAAAAAUCUGAGAGGGGUAUUCCCCCACCCACCCUCUAUUGCAUGGGGUGCCUUUGCUUAGAGAGUAUGAUUUAUAAAUCUGUGGGUUUUGGGGGAUGAUGAUGAAUAAGUUGCACUUUCUAAAAAUAUAAUGGUUAUGUACUACUGUAUAUUUUUCCAUACAAUUGGACUUCCGGUGAGGCGCCCUGAGAGUGAGUCACGAAAACUUGGAGCUCCGCGUUCACGGAGCUCAAUUUAAAGGAUAGUGGCGUUUAAAGAGGGGCGGCUUAGCGUCAAAGCCACCCCUGGAACGGCGAAAAUACGGGGUUUUCGUUGGGAAUAUUCGAAAAGCGGCAAGAGGGACGGAACUCCGCGGCCAGCACUUUUUGUGGAGGCGGCGGAGAGGAGUCCAGCUUCUAACCACGGACGCCAUUAUCGAGACGCAACACGACAGACUUGCCCGGUAAGCGCCGGUAGCUCACCGACGUGGAGAAUUUUGAAAGGGACUCCCCCCCUCCCUUGUGAGGAACAGAGAUUUGGGAUUUAGUGGCUUUGAAAGCGCUGUUUAUAAGAUCGUUGUUUAUAAGAUCGGCUGGAGAAAGCGCCGGGAGGGGGCGAAGAGAAAGGAAAGUCGGAGAAACACUGUAUCGUCGGCGGGGAGAGUGGCGGAAACAAUUGCUUGUGAACUAAGAGGGGCUGGAAAGAAAGUAUCACAUCUUGAGCUUGCAUCAAAUGGUGCCUUUUUUAAAAAAAAGAAAACGAAGUGUGUGAGACUGUAAGACGGGACGAGAGGAAUAAGUUUAGACCGUGAUUUGUGGUUGGAACCGAAACCCCAGAAACCCUAGAAAGGGGGGAAGAAAACGGAGGAAAAAGAUAGAUAACAUCCUUGUGGAGAGGGGGAGUGAGAGGCGGUAAAGAGGAAGGAGAAGGAGAGGAAAAAGAGAAGGGGCGUUUUGAAGGAAUUUAAAGAAAAUGGCGAUCGUCUGCCUCCGCUAAACUGCCUGGACAAGCUUCCGUCUUCUUUAAGGAAACGAAAGAAUUUAGCGGCCUUGGUAGGAGCGACACCUGGUGGACGGAUAUUGUAAUGACGCCCCUGUUCUCCACUUUUUUCACUCUUUUUACGUUUACCUUCUCCAAUCUUCUCAUCCCCCUGUAAGACUUUGACUCUGUCACCUUCCCUGGGGAAGAAAUUGAGUCCCGGACCUCCCAGCGUGAGGUAGUAAUCUGAAAUUGGGAAAUUCUAUGCUUAAUUCCUAAUUUGGAAAUAAUGAUAUAUUAGAGCCCGUUUUGGGGAGAUUCCCACUAAGGAAGAAGUGGGGCUUUAUUAGAAGAGAAAAAAGAAGAACUGGAGGACCUAGAGGUUACCUGUUUUGGAAAAAUAAAGAGAGAAAAAAGACGUAAGAACAUGGGAUCUAAAACCAGAGCAGCAACGGCGACGGGGAAACGCCAAUCUCUCACAGGUGAUAAUGACCCAUUAGGGGAUGUCAAGGAGUUGAUUACUGAAAUGAAUAAGACUUUAAUUGUUGAAAUGAAUAAGACCCUAAGCGAUAAAUUAGAUUCUGUGGAGAGUAAAUUAGAAAAUAAUUCCAAAGUAAUUUCAGAAUUGACUGGACAAAUUAAGGAACUUUUCGGUAAAAAUAAGGAAAUGGAAAAAGCGGUGAAAGAACUGAAUAUCAAAGUCAACAACCAGGAAGAUAACAUCAGCAAACUGACAUCAGAGAGCAGAGAUUUGAAAAGGAUACAAGAACGAAAUGAUAAGGAAAGAAGAGAAUUGUUAAAGACGCAGGAAGAUUUGGCGGACCAGCUGGCCCUAAUAGAGAUGAGACAGAAGGAACUAAUUCUCAGAUUAAGGGGCGUACCAGAGAGGCAGGGUGAAAGGAUUGAGGAGAAACUGUUUAAGGAACUUGCGAACUGGCUCGGUGUCAAAGAAGAAGAUCUGAUGAUGGACGUCGAUAAAAUAUAUCGUAUAAGGGGCGACCGAUCCAAGAAGUUUAAGGGACCUGGAGAUUGUUUGAUUUUCCUAAAUUCCGGACUGCUAAAGGACAAAAUUUUACAAAGGAAGAAGCAGGAACCCUUGGUGAUAGAGGGCAAAUCAAUUGCCAUCUUUAAAGAGGUUCCAAAGAGGUUCAGAGUAAAAAGACUGAAAUAUAAAAGACUGACGGAUGCCCUAUCAGCGAAGGGGAUUUGGUAUGUGUGGGAAUUUCCCGAGGGCCUCACUUUUACUUUUAAGGAAAGAAGAAAGACAAUAAAGAGUAUAGAAGACGCAGAAAAUUUCCUAGAAAGAUCAGGAAAGGAAUUGCUGGGAGGAGGGGAAGAAGCAGAAGAAAACGAAACAGAAAUAGGCCACUAAGAACGGACGUUAUUUGAAAGCACUGUGUGCUUAAGGGGGCAGUAAAGAGGGGAAUAUAGGUAUUGAGGGGUUUUAAGUCCUCACAGAUAUUUUCCUUAAUUUCGUUAUUGAGAUAAUAAAAUCUGAUU